AUGAUAUUGGUGUCGGGUACUCUUCUCGUCAUUGCCUUGAAUACGUUGUGUAUGACACCAGCACCUGUCUAUUCUCUGCCUAUUCGCCCACCAAUCGGGGAUGAGAAAUCCCCUCCCCUUCGAAUCGCGGCUCUUGGGGCUUCCUAUCGAGUGAGAGAUGUGCUAUCCGCUCCGUUGCUCAAGACCGAACAGGCUCAUCACUUUGCUGUCAAUGCAGAAAUUCGCCGUGGAUGGGGCGUUCUGCAGUGCCUGCGAAUGUUCAGCGACACGGUUGAAUGGUUGCAGCACCUUGUCGAUGGCCAAAGUUUCUAUUCUCCCUAUAUCUGGAUUCCAAACGUCACGGUACAAACCUCCACCAUCAUCCAGAAAGAAGGAACGACUACAGCUUCGAUGACAUUGCAGGCGGAGCUCGGUGCUGAGUAUUCACGAGAAUCAAGCUUCCAAGUCACACCGACAAGCGAGGUUGCGACUGACUUGCGAAUACUGCAGGUGACAAUCGUACAUGAAAGACCAGAUCAGCGCAGAACUCCUGAUAGAGGCGUGGUACUCUCUCGUCGAGACUCUACGCCGUCGGGCUGGGACAAGGAGGUCUUGAGAGCUAGGUAUCUUGCCAUGAUUUCAGCGUGCGGCUCCUUCUUAUUUGGGCUCUUUCGCAUGCUGUACGACAAGUGGAAGGUGGUCAAUUGGAUCGAGAGACCCCACACGAGUCUACUGCACCGCAUGGAUGAACUGGCGACACUGGCAGCAAAGGAAAGCUACUACUAUCAUCAAGGAAACAGCAGCUGGAAAGGAAGACUUGGGUGUUAUCGAGAAAGCAAAAAGAAAAACCCGGUGCAGCAGAAGGAUCGGGGCAACAACAUGAACAAUAUGGGACCAUGCGAGCUGACCCUAGAAGUGCGUUCCAAGAACGGCCAGGUCGUGGAGGAAGGAAGCGCAGGCCCAUCGACUGCCACCCACUUAAUAUCACCAAGCUCCGCGGGACUUCUGUCGACUACCACCCCAGUAAUCUCCUCUGCUGGUCCAGAAAAUAAUUGUGGAAGGGGAGAUUCGGGCCUGGAGCCCACAAGAGAGACCGGGCAGACUACUCCUAGACGUGGGUCGGACAAGAAGAUCCAGGCAAGGGAGGAAUGGCGCAGGGCUGCUGGUCGGUUCUAUGCGUUCCUGGCAUCUGGGGUGAAAGGAAUCAAGGGGCUACUGUGGAAGGCAGAAGUAGAACCCUAACCACGCGCCUGAAUUGAAUCCAUGUGUUCGACGCUCUCGAUCUCUGCGUGGGCUGGGGGACAUUGCACGCGAGGGCUACUACUGUAGGUGUUGUCCCAGAGAGUCCCA